AUGCGAUUGCUACCGAAAUACGGUUCACAAGAACAAGGGCUCGCUGCGUGCCUCCGCACGGCGCGCCUGCCGUGGCUACUGGCCCCGCUGCCCCGUCGUCUUCCCCGUGCGCCCGGGUGGGACCCCGCCGUGGCUCAGUUGCUCCGCAGCUGCCCUUCGCGACCUGUGUCGCCCAGUCCGAGAAACGGUGUCGUAAGGUACCAAGUGCUAUUCUUCGUGGUCACAUACGCGGUCCCAAUGCUGGGCAUGACGUUCUUCUACUCAGCAAUGGGCAAAGUUUUAUGGGGGUCCGGGUCCAUCGGGGAACUGACGCAGCGACAGGUGGACUCGAUACGAUCGAAACGAAAGGUAGUCAAGAUGUUCAUCCUAGUGAUAGUGAUAUUCGGAAUCUGCUGGCUGCCGUAUCACAGCUACUUCAUCUACACGCAUUUCAACCCCUCAAUACUGUACAUGAAGUACGUCCAACACGUGUACCUUGGCUUCUAUUGGCUGGCGAUGGCCAACGCCAUGGUCAACCCCAUCAUCUACUACUGGAUGAAUGCCAAGUUCCGAGCGUACUUCCGUACGGCUAUCCUGUGCCGGUGGCGAGAGGCGUUCCGGCGGCGCAAGCGGCCGCUGCCCGAGUCGCCGCCGGACUGUGUCUCGCAGUCCGGCAGCCGAUCCCGAUCAGGUUUUUACUCGUUAACUAUUCGGUUCUACAGGUAUCGAGGAACUCAGAGACUCAAGAGGAAAUGCAGUAGCCGAAUGGCCGCUCUCGUCGUCUCGGACUCUGCUCGACCACCGAUCGCCGAGACAGCCUUCGCUUGCUAGCUGUCCCAAG